AUGAAACAGGGUGGCCGUCCGCCAGAGUCGCCAGAGUCGCCAGAGGCUCAAAGUAAGGACAACACUUCCCUGCCGAUGGCAAGAUUUUGGACUGAAUUUCCAUCACUUAGCACUGCGGUGAAGCAUGGAGGCGUUGGAACCCUGGAUUCCUUGGAUUCCUUGGAAGUGUGGUGGUCCAUGAAGGUCCUGCAAGUUCGGAUGCGAAAGGGUCAAGGCCCAAGCUUUGAGAAUGAGGAGCCGGUCUACCUGCCACCCUUGCGGGUGACGGCUCCCCGACCAAGGCAGCCUGGUGGGACGGAGUUCUACGGUGCCGUGCCCAAACACAGCGCCACUUUUGCAUGGUCAGAGUUGUGUGCAACGCCGGAUCCGGAGGGCUCUUUGGCGCCCGUGCCGCAGGUCCCAAUGAAGUCCUGGUACAACUCAUAUGUCUACGUACCUGAGCAGAACAUGGGCCAGGAUCGACAAUAUCUUACGCGCUUUGCAAAAGGUCCGAAUGGUGAGUGGGUUGACGUUGUGAAGGCAAGGCAACUUCUUGAUGCAAUGGACGCUGCCCAGCAGAGGCAGAUGCGUGAGGAAAUGGAGCGUGAAAUGGUCCUCUCUGGCAUGAGCCAUCUUGGAGAUGCUGUCGAAGCAGACGGGCAAGUCAUCAGCGGCAUCCAGCGCACCCACUACGUGGAUCCGUACUCUGGAGAGAAGCUCAUUGCUUGCAAGGGGCAGCUUCAAACUAGGGAAGAGAUCUUGAGUCAGUACCACAUCCGCGGCGCAGUCCUACCACCAGAGGAGUGGUUUGACUUUGACAACCUUCGAUUCCCUUGGCCUUUUGCAAAGCAUGACCCCAACAAGCCUGUAUCACAGCACACGUUUGACUGGUUUGACCGACGCAACGUCUACAUUCCAAAAGA